AUGUCGCUUUCAGACGUUUCAUCGCUGUCGUCAGCACCACCGACAGACGACGAGGCUAUGGCAGAUGAGGAGCCGGUCGGCAUCACCAAGUACUUCAAGAAGCAGAAGUCCGAAACACCGCCGCCCAAACGGGAGCCCUCACCACCUCAUGAAUACGUUCUAGCGGACAACCCGAGCAUCGCGUUCAUUGUCAUGUUCCGCGCGCGUUUCCACGAUGUGUUCCCUCGCCAUGUGCCACACUACGGCCCCCAGGAUAUCGAGCGAGGCGUAGAGGAGUCUCCCCCGGGCGACUACAUUGAGAGAUUAUUAUGCGCAUUGCUGGGACUUGUGCUGAACCGCAAGAAGGAUGUUGAGCGGAAUCAUUACACGCGCCCUCUCGAAGAAGCAGUCCAGACACAUGCGGCGCAGUGGCCAAAGGAGUGGCAGGGCAAGAACCCCCUUCAUGGCGGACGCACCUUUGCGACCCUGUCGCCCGAAGAGCGCUUGCAAUUGCUCAAAGCCCUCAUUCUCUGGUCUCUGUCGUCCUCUGAGGCGGUUCAGGCAAAGAUCAAGGAAUCUUACAAACAGGCGCGUCACGACGAUGAUCUCAACCAGCCUUUAUCCGUUCAAUCAUGGGGCCGUGAUAGCCUCAAACGCCGGUAUUGGCUCAUCGAGGGACAAGAUGAUACCAACUUCCGGUUGUAUCGAGAGAGCAACCCGGCUCUGAAGCAUAUCACUUGGUGGAGUAUCGCAGGAACUAUUCCAGAGCUGCAGGCUGUUGCGGACAAGCUGGGAGAGGAGAAAGGAACCAAUUCGAAGAAACUGUGUGAGAGAAUUCGGGCCGCCAUUCCUCGGUUUGAGGCAUCAGAAGAGAAACGGAAACGCCGCGACUAUCGUCUUGCUCGCAAAGCUGCUUUUUCUCGGCCCGAGCCGGGCUUUUCCCUCUACGAAGGUCGCACGCGUGGCAAGAGGCUGAAGUAUACCUAUUCUGAUGACGAGGAUCUCUUCUCCGAUGGCUUACCAUCAACGAGACGGUCAAAUCGCAAUGUACCCUCAGCAGACGAAACGGAUGGUCCUCGGUUCACCGCGAGUGGCCGGCAGAUCCGAUCCCGUGCUGGAGGCCUUUAUGGUGCAUCGUUGCACAGUGGCCAGAGGGAAGAUUCUGAAGAAGACGACGCCCCGAGGUCGCAAAGGAUCCGGACUUCGCUGAAUCCUAAUGGAUACUCGGGAUACAAUGUCGAGGAUUUGGAAGAUGCGUCAGAAGCCGAGGGUAAUUCCAGCGGAAACGAGUGGAGGAGCGGUGAAGAUGAAGAGGAGGAGAAUGACUUGGAAGGUGACGAUGAAGAUGAGGAAGAUGUGAGCGGAGAUGAAUCAAUCAUCAACGGGGAGCCCCAAAGCCUCGUGGUACAGCUUCGCUAUGGCAAAGAAAAUGCCCCCAAAGUCCCGGUCGACAAGCCGCCACCACCUGCACAAGAUCUGCAGACGAAGAGCAUUACAGACACAGGACCGCCGGGGAGCCUGUCUACUCAUCUCCCGCCCAUCCAGCCACCACCCGCUCCGGUGUCUGCAGCGCAGUACUAUUCAGAAACCAUGCGACAAGCUCCCAUGCCUGGCAUGGCAAUGCAUUCUGCUCCACCACUACACUGGGCUCCUCAGCCGGCACAGAUUAUGAAUGCGUCUUCCCUGACACCUACACCUCCGUCCCAAGAGGCCAAACCCCAGCUGCCCCCAAUGACCGCGCAUUUGCAUCCCGUUGCACACCCUCAAUCAUUUUCACGACCUCCCGCCAUGAAUGCAUCUGCUAUGACUCCUGGGCCACCUGCUCCGCAUCCGCCGUCGUUCUAUGGGACUGAUAGCCAGAGACCGACAGUGGUAGCGCCUUCAAUGCCGUCUGCACCAAUGAGCGGUCCUGCUCCUCUCGAGACACCCAAACAUACGCAACCGGCAGAAUCAAACGGCGUUACCCAGGCCAAACCAGCUGAGCCUGGUUCUUACUAUCCACCUGGGAUGCCUCCGACGCAGUCCCCUUUCUUUCAAGGAGGAAAUCCGCCGCACUAG